AUGCCAUUCAGUUACAAGAAGGUCUUGGUCAUCGGUGCCACCUCUGGCAUCGGCAAGGCACUGGCUACCAAACUUGUCGAGAAUGGAACUCAAAUUAUCAUCUCCGGUCGGAGAAAGGAGAACCUGGAUACCUUCAUUGAGCAGCAUGGUGCUGAUAAAGUCAAGUCUAAGGUUUUCGAUAUCAUGAAACUUGACCAGAUCCCUCAGUUUGCAUCGGACGUCAUUGCUGAAAAUCCUGACCUGGAUUGUAUCUUUGUCAACUCGGGCAUUCAGCGCCCAUUCGACUUCUCCCAACCAGAGACGGUUGACCUAGACAUCUUUGACCAGGAGUUAAUCACCAACUAUACAUCCGCCGUCCGCCUCUCCAAGGCCUUUAUCCCUCAUCUCCAGAAGCAGCAGACACAGACUGCUCUCGCAUUCACCACCUCUCAGAUGGCUCUCGUCCCUAUGAUGCGCUGCCCGAACUAUGGCGCUUCCAAGGCCGCUCUCCACCAUUUCAUCCUUGCUCUUCGUACGCAGCUCCAUGAUGGGCCUGGUAACAUCAAGGUCUUGGAGAUUUAUCCCCCUGCUGUGCAGACAGAGUUGCAUGAUGCGAAGCACCAGCCUGAUCUGAAAGAUGGGCAUUUGAUUGGGAUGCCGUUGCAGGAAUUUGUGGAUGAGUUGUGGACUCGCUUGUCUAAUGGGGAGGAUCAGAUCCCUGUCGGAUCGGCGAAAGAUAUUUUUGAGGCUUUUGAGGUUAAGAGACAGAAUAUGUACCAGCAAAUGACAGAGUUGCUGUCUGGACUGUUGAAGCAGUUUUUGCGGUGA